CUAAUUCAAAUGUGUUGUGUGACAACUAGAAUAAAUCUCACUACACAUCAAUUCAGUUGAGAAAUUUUAACAGACUGUUCGAGUGAAAUUAAUCACAAAUUCGGACUCUCCAUAGUCGGUUACUUUCUAAGCAAAAAGUUUUGAAGCGGAGUAUUCCAGAAAAAGUUUUAUCCAUUGUUUUGCAAAACAAUUUUAUCCGAAGUUCCCGGACCAAGGGCUGAAUGAGAUUAAGAAAUUUUCCUAAAGUACAAUUUAUUGCGUUCAAGGUAAUCGACUCUGAAGAGUUCGAAUCUGCACUUAGUUUUGGUCGAACACUCUUUUAAAAUUUUGCGACUGAAUUGAUAUGAUCAGUGCCGUGGCGAGAGAAAAAAGCAGACGGGGUGUAAUUUUUUUGUGAGAAAACCAUAAAUGUAUGAAACACACAAUACCAUCUCCUAUCAUAAUUUCAACACAGUAACUACAUGAUAAUGAUGAUAACGUUGACGUGUAUUUGAGCUUUUUUUUUCCUCAAUGAAGAAAAUUAGGAGAAAAAUUUUGCUCUCAAGUAUUUGGAGAGACAAAGUGGGAAAAAGUGUGUUUUCGUUAAAUAUUGAUUAGAUUGGUUACUCAAUCUGGACAAGAGUUUAGACGAGCUUUCUUGGGAGGAAGGAGAUUAUUAAAGAGAACUUUUUUUUCUAUUGAUAGGAGGAGCGUAUACCCCCUGGGGGGGGGGGGGGCGAAUACCCUCAGUUUAAUUAUUCUAAAAACGAGAUCUAUGAUUCUUGAGAUGAGAAUGGGUGUAAUCAAGAUGCUGAUUUACCAAGUGAAAAAUAUUUUAGCUUCACUGCUCCAGCUGACAAAUAUUUUUAUAAUGUCAAUGAUACGAUAAUUAUAUACGCUAUGUAUAAUAGCAGCAGUGCUUUGAUCAAUUUAGUGCGGUAUAUUUACUUGCGCCAGAGUUGUAACCGGACCGGUUGAGUGAGUUGGACCUGCCGGUUUUCACCGGUUUUUACCGGUUUCACAAAGUUGUGCAUAUUCGUUCAUUUUUCGUCAGAAAGAUACUAUGUAUGAGUGCUUAGUAGUUUUUUUAAAGGAAAGAGAGAGUGACAAUUUUAUUUGAAAUGUAAAUUUUUUCUUUUUAUUCUUUCAAUUUGUUUUCAAAGACAAAGUCAUAUUAUUUAUUGUUUAAAAUAUCUUAGCAAUCGGAACAUUGUCACGUAUUGGCGUUUAUAUGCUUUUAUCUUUUUUCUUUAAUGUUAAUCUAAUUUUUUACUUUCGAUAUGCCGAUACCGUAGCUUCCUAACCCAAAUUCGUCUUAAUUGGCUUUGUUAUUUGACAUAGUGAAUCUCUUCCCAAAUUUAUUUUCAAAUUAUUCGUGACGUUUCGUCAUUCGACAAGUGACUGCUUGAGACGGACUAUUACAUUCACACACUACAAAUUUUGUCCCUAAUAUCAAUGUUAUUACUUGAAAAAACUUGAUGAACUCGCCGGUUUUUAUCGGUCUGGAAAUAUUUUAGACCGGCCGGUGACUGGACGAACCGCACCGGUCUGGUAUUUCCAGACUGGUUACAACUCCGACUUGCAUGUUAUCCGUGAAAGUUUCGCUCUCUGAUCAAAAUGAAAAGUAUCCAAAUAUUUCAUUUUCAACAGUUUCACUAGACUAUCUUAUCUCCAGCAAACUUCCUGUCUCUAAGAAAUGUAUAUACGACUUAAAACCAGUCUUAAAAGUCCAGCGGGUGAUAUUGACAUAAAUCGAGUAAAAAAAUAAUUGCCACCUGAACAAUUUGAAAUGAUUCAAAAUUUUUGCUAUCUUAACAGUGGUUUUCUCGGAAAGGUCGAAUUUGCACGAAGUCUCACAAUAUUUUCUACCAUUUACCUGUACAAACGGGUAAAACACGUAAAUAUGAAUUUUAUUCAACGAGUUUGGAAAAUCGAUCUAGCUAAAAUUUAUCCUAUGAAGAAAUCACAUUUUUUCAAACUCAUUCUUGCGUGUUGCGGCAAUCCUAGUGAACUAGGUGACAGAGAAUAGUGGAUGAGUUCGAGAAAAUUUGAUUUGUCUGAAAAAAUAGGUUAUCUAAAUGGUGAAAAUUUGGGAUUGCUCGGUUUUAUUUGCUCGAUGCUUGUUAUUCAUGAGGUCGAUCUGUUUAAACGUUUUCCGCUAGAUUCAUAAUAAUAGUGCUCAUAAUACUUCUGUAUAAAAAGUGUUUCAACUUUUAUGUGAAGAAACAAAUCCUAGUAUAAGAAAUAUAAUGUCAGCAGAAGUUGAUCAACUAGCUCCCUUACUACACAAUCCCGCUUCUCCUCAUUAUUUAAAUCGACCAUCGACUAUCAACGCAUUUGAUUCAUUUUCGCCUGCUGCUCAGAAAUUAGCUCGCAGUCGAUCAUACAAUCUGAAAACACCGCCUGUACAUGUUCGACCUCAUACUUCCAGUGGAACGAACUAUGAGACAAGUUAUCAACGUGAUUUUUACCUUAAAAAUCAUCAAGAAGAAAAUUUAAUCGACGUUCCUCCAAGUCAGAGAUAUCCAAUCGGUUGUCCUUAUCAACUGGGAGAUCCAAUUGGUAUUGGUCAAUACCAAGAUCAAUAUAACGACAAGGGUUACUGCCGAUCCCCGCCAAUUCGCACCGGUACCUCAAGUGGUACGAGAGCAAAUAAUCCUCAUCCAUUGACAGAGUUCAUGGUCUGGAGAUAUCCGAAAAUGAGCGGAGACAAUCCGUAUAACCAAGACGAUCCGGAUUCCGAUCAACAAGAACAAAUCAAACAAGCACUCAAGAAUCAGUUAACAUCCACAUAUCGAUCAGAUUAUUUAGGUAAAUGA